AUGACGGUAUUUUCUUAUACCGGAAUCUUUGUGCCAAUUCUAGCCAUUAGCCGCGCAAUGAUUCAUGAUGAACACAUGGUUUAUGAACCUGAAGCCAGAUUACAAAAAGUUGUCGAUUAUAUUCAUUAUUCGCCUGUUAAAUGGAAAGAAAA